AUGCCACAAACUCAAGUUAAACAAACAAACAAACUUAAAUUCAAACAGGACACAAACUCAAGUUCAACAAAAACCACAAACUCAAGUUCAAACAUGAAACUCAAGUUCAAAAACACCACCAACUCAAGUUCAAAAACACCACAAACUCAAAUUCAAAAAACACACAAAAUCAAGUUCAAAAACACCACAAACUCAAGUGCAAAAACAACACAAACUCAAGUUCAAAAAACACCACAAACUCAAGUUCAAACACAACACAAACUAAAGUUCAAAAAACACACAAACUCAAGUUCAAAAACACCACAAACUCAAUUGCAAACACGACACAAACUCAAGUUCAACAAAAACCACAAACUCAAGUUCAAACACGAAACUCAAGUUCAAAAACACUACCAACUCAAGUUCAAAAAGAACACAAACUCAAGUUCAACAAACACACAAAAUCAAGUUAAAAAACACCACAAACUCAAGAGCAAACACGACACAAACUCAAGUUCAACAAACACCACAAACUCAAGUUCAAACACGAAACUCAAGUUCAGAAACACCACCGACUCAAGUUCAAAAAAUUUCACAAACUCAAGUUCAACAAACAAACAAAAUAAAGUUCAAACACAACACAAACUCAAGUGCAAACACGACACAAACUCGAGUUCAACAAACACCACAAACUCAAGUUCAAACACAAAACUCAAGUUCAAAAACACCACCAACUCAAGUUCAAAAUGA